AUGGCAGCAGCAGCUGCUGCUGCAGCAGAUGGUGGUGGUGUUGAUGCUGCGUACAGGCAGCAGCAGCUGCUGCUGCAGCAGGAACUGCAGCAGCAGCAGCAGCAACUGCAGCAGCAGCAGCAGCUGCUGCUGUGGAGCUCGGAGCCCUUCAGGGUUUACCCAAUGCUAGACGCUCUCAUACAGCAGCAGCAGCAGCAGCAGCAGCAGCAGCAACAGCAGCAGCAGCAGCAGCAGCUGCUGCUGCUGCUGCUAGAGGGUUUCGACGCGAAAUAUGUUUCUCUGUUUGCUGUUGUAUCUGCUGGGGUUUUGUGUGUUGCUGCUGCUGCAGUUAUAUAA